AUGGGGUCUCAUGAACAAUCAGAAGGAAAAUCACCUGAGAAAAGUGGUUCGACCACUGUGUCUAAGAAAAUUGUGGAGAUUUGGGAGCAAAUGAAUAAGGGAGUGACGGAUAAACGUCUCAAUUUUGUCUCACAGAGCUCAACCGCUUUGCCCGCUCAAAACUCAGCUAGCAAUAAUUGGAAAAAGUAUCUUGGCGUGGAUGCAAAUAAGAAGGAUCACUGCAUUUCGAAUGUACAAAAAGAAGAUAGCAUUCCUGAUGAUAGUUGUAGAGAAGAGGCUAAGAAAAUUGCUGCAGCCGCUUUAGCUGCUGUCAGAAACGCUACCGCAACCGCUGCAGCUGCAUCGAGCCGUGGCAAGAUUGAGAUAACUGAGGUCAAAGACUUUGCGGGUGAAGAAAUCGAAAUAAAGCGGUUUGUGGAAGCAGAGUCAAAGGAAGCAUUGGAGAGGGGAAACAAAGGGUCCUCUUCCUCCUCCACAUCGGCCGCAACCCCUUCAGCGGUUGAUGCAGUACUUGAGCAGAUAAAAAAGAAACAGAAGCUGAGCGUUUUGGACAAGACGAAGAAAGACUGGGGAGAGUACAAGGAGGAAAACAUAGGUGUUGAAGACGAGCUGGAUAAGUACAAGAAGAGCUCGGACAAGUAUCUGGACAAAGUUUCGUUCUUGGAGAGAGCUGAUUACAGACAGUUUGAGAAAGAGAGAGAUGCGCGUUUAGCUCUUCAGUCCAAGAGAAGACACGAUGAUGUAUGA